UCCUUCUCUCCUCCUUUCCCGCUUUCCAUUUAUAUCUUAUUAGUGAUAUAUGCCAUUGUAAUCCCUGGUUUUACGCCAUUAUAAUACUUGGGUGAUUCCCAUCCGUCUCUCUCUUCUCUCUCCCUCCCCAAUUUCCCUUUAUCUGAGGCUCCUCCGCUUCUUCUUCGUCAUGGCGAUAGAGACUGGAAAAAUCAGAUUUGAAGAGGAAUUUAUCUUCAAUUCUCGAGAAUUUAAACUUUAUACAUGUAGAUGGCUCCCUGCAAAUACAGAACCAAAAGCUUUAAUCUUUCUAUGCCAUGGAUAUGCCAUGGAGUGCAGCAUCUCUAUGAAAGGAACUGGAAUUCGACUUGCAAAGGAAGGUUUUGCAGUAUAUGGGAUUGAUUAUGAGGGCCAUGGGAAAUCAGCUGGGCUGAGUGCCUAUAUCCCUUGCUUUGAUGAUCUUGUCAAUGACUGUUCUAACUAUUUUACGAGCAUAUGUGAGAAGAAAGAGAACAAAAGAAAAAUGAGAUUUCUAUUGGGAGAAUCCAUGGGAGGAGCAGUGACUCUCCUCUUGCACCGAAACAAGCCUGACUAUUGGGAUGGUGCAAUCUUGGUUGCUCCAAUGUGUAAGAUAGCAGAUGAUAUGAGACCUCAUCCAUUUGUGAUCAACGCAUUGGAUCAACUUUGCAAGAUCAUCCCCACAUGGAAAAUCAUCCCAACUCAAGAUAUAACCGACCUCGCCAUUAAAGAACCUGAAAGGAGAGAAGAGGUUCGCUUAAACCCCUUCUGUUAUAAAGGAAGGCCUCGCCUGAAAACUGGUAGUGAGCUUCUCAGGGUGAGCUUGGACUUGGAGCAGAACCUUCACCAGGUCUCAUUACCGUUUCUAAUAGUGCACGGAGGCGACGACAAAGUGACGGAUUCUUCCAUAAGUAAAUUGCUAUAUGAGUCAGCAGCAAGCGAAGACAAGACCUUCAAGUUGUAUGCAGGGAUGUGCCAUGCUCUCACAUCAGGGGAGCCCAUCGAAAACAUCAACCUAGUCUUUGCUGAUAUCAUCGACUGGUUGGAUCAUAGAACGACGGUCGAAGCCUCCACUCGAUGGGAAAUGGAGCAGAAGGGUGGAUACGAUCCUCAAAUCCAUGCUCUCCAAGGCAAGAAAUUGCUUGUAGAUUCAGUCUAGGCUCUCUUAGCUAUAUUGU